UGCUCCAUCCCGGCAUUCUCCAAGCACUGACUCCCCAUCCACUCUGACCACAGCCAGGGGACACAUCCCACUGCCUGCCCAGCGUCCAUCCAUGGAGGUGACCACCGUGUCCCCAUCUCCCGCCUCACCCACUGAAGGGGACGAUCUCUGUGACAUAGAUGUCACCAACGAGGCCAUACACAGUGUGACACUGCUCAUCAGCCUCUGUGGGCUGGCUGGGAAUGGGGCUGUGCUCUGCCUCCUCAGCCUGAACGUGCGUAACUCUGGCAUCUUUGACCUGGCUUUUGCUGACUUCCUCUUCCUGCUCUUCACAGUCGCCACCACCCUCCUCUUCCUGGUGGAGGACAUGUCCUGCUCUCUUAUCAUGCCCCUGCCAUACUUGAGCUUCCUUUUCCAGCUGACAGGAGUUUCCUACUACUGGGCGCUGUUGCGGCUGAUGGUCAUCACAAAUAAUUUGAAUCUGUACAAGCUCUGCAUGCUCUGCUACCGCUGCGACCGUCCCAAGCGCCUGUGGUGGUUGGUGUACAGUGUCCAAUACUGGGCCUUUCUUGCUCUCUUCACUGUCAUUCUUGCAGUGACAAACCUGUGCCCAUCACACCGGCAGGAGCACUGCAGGGGAGCUGUCAACUCCAUGUACGCCCUCAUCCUGCUCAUCUUUGCUGCACCCUUGGUCAUUUCCGUCACAAUGAACUUCAUUAAGGCCAAGAGGGGCUCCCGUCGGCAACAAGCGAAGAGGCACAAUAUUGUUAUCUUCCUCAUUGUGCUCCUCAUUGUCCUUCUCAUCCUCUACAAUUUCCUGCAGCCGCUUGGCUACACCCUUCUGUCUUCCCAGGUUGUUUUCCUGCUCAACUGCAUCCACAGCAGCAUCAAACCCUUCAUCUACUUCUUGGUAGGGAGAUGCUGGAGGCCCUGCUCCUUGAAAUCCCUCCGGCUCUCCCUCCAGAGGGUCUUUGAUGAGGAGGAAGGAGAAACUGCCCACAGCAAUGAUGCCUCCAUGGACACAGGGGUCUGAGCCUGGUGAUCCCUUCCCCUGCUCUGCUGAAGGACCCUGCCAGAGUGGCUCAGGCUUUCCUUGAGCCACCUGAUCAAGAAAUACCCACAGGAUGCCCCUCCCUGUGGUGCUGGAUUCCUGCAGGAGAAGGCAGCAGGGGCAGUGCCUUGGGUGAUUUUUGAGGGAUGCUCUGCAGGGAGCUCAUUGGAGCAUGGCUUUCCUCCCAUGAGCCCAGGGCAGGUUUUGGCAACGAUUCUGGAGCUCUUCCCACAAUGGGAGUUGUUUCUGACAAGCAGCCAGGAGCUUCACCAGCACUGCCAGCACUGCCAGCAUUGCAGGGCCAGCAGCAGCACCAGCAGCCCUCUGCUGCUGGAGGGACAAUGACCCCUCAGGGAAGGGAAACAGGGAAUGGCAGAGACCUGACAGGAGAGGGAAGGCAGUUGAAGAAUGGGACACUCCCCUGGGAAGGAGUGUUUCUAUUUAGGGGCAAAUCAGGAGCCAUUCACAAAUAUUAUAAAUAUGUGAAAUUGGAGAUUGCCUCUCGCAAACGUUGAACGGAUAUUAUGUGUGUUGUAAUGUUAAAAGAAGCUCUGUGAAGAUUUGGAGUGUUCCUAAUGUGAGUAUUGUGUUCCUGCUGAAAGCUGCAAUGCUGGUCUGGGACCACAGCGGGGAGUGGAAGGCAGAGGGAGGGCACAAGCUCCGGGAAGGCGGGAGGAAGGAGGAGCAGUGUGGGAAGGGUGGGAUAUGGACGAGUGUGGGGUUGGCUCAGCAAGGGGAUCUAAGGGAUUGUUCCUGUUGUGGGUGGGCUGCGUCUGGCCGUGCCUCCGCCUGCGGCUGAGAGCCCAGCAGAGUUUCUUUUACCUUACUUUGUCCCUUGUUGUAAUUUAAUAAACUUCUUAAAUUUUUAAGAUGAUAGGCAUUGUUUCUCACAACAACGAAAAAGACCACUUGAUUUGUGGGGGAAAAUAAUAAAAAUCAAUCUCAAUAACCCCGAGGCGUGCUGUAUCCCGGGAUUCUCCAAGCACUGACUCCCCAUCCACUCUGACCACAGCCAGGGGCCACAUCCCACUGCCUGCCCAGCAUCCAUCCAUGGAUGUGGCUACUGUGUCCCCAGCUUCCCCCUGUCCCACUGAAGGAGAUGAUCUGUGUGUGAUCGAUGUCACCACCGUGGCCAUACACACUGUGACACUGCUCAUCUGCCUCUGUGGGCUGGUUGGGAAUGGGGCUGUGCUCUGCCUCCUCGAUGUCCGCUUCACCACCGACUUCAUCUUCACCCGGCUGUAACCGUCUUCCUCUUCCUCCUCUUCAUGCUCCUGUCCACAGUGGUCCUCCUUGUAGAGGCUGUGUCCUGCUCUGCUAUUGUGUCCCUGGGGUAUUGGGCUCCCUUUUCCAGCUGUCACUGUAGUGCCCCCUUUUCCAGCUGUCGCUCUUGUGCUCCAGCGUGGGGCUGCUCCCAUGAAUAUCACAGGGUUGGGCUCUGUAGCCUUGAAUUUGUUGUGCUGCUGCUGCUCCUUUUACAAGCUCCUUCCAUGUGUUGUGAUGAGUGCCCUGCAGUGGGACUCCCUUGCUGUUGUCCCUCUCCAUCCAGCAGUGGCUCCCUGAGCCAGUUUCAUGAAGAGCACUGCCAGGUGCCUCUCAUCUCUGUGCACACCCUCCACCUCCUGCUCUCUGCUCCCUUCGUGCUCAUUUCCAGAGUGUUCUUCUGCAUUCAGGACGCAUGUUGCUCAGAGAAGUGCAAGCUCAACAGGCUGCACGUUGUUGUUUUCCUGUCUCCUUCCUCAGCCUCUGGAAUUUCCUGCAGCAGCUGGGCUACACCAUUCUGCCAUCCUGGGCUGGUUUCCUGCUUGCC